UGUUAAUACAGUCUUAUUUGUUAUAUGUAGCUCUCUGUGUGAUUAAUUUUGCUACUGGAUUUGUUUUAAGGCUCAGAAUAAAAUCCCUUUCAAAUACAGGUUGGCUUACUCAGACAGAAGCUGGACAGCUUACAAAAGACAAAAUAUGAGAUGGCUCAGAAUUAUGAUGCACAGCUUCAAGCCUUGAAAACUCAAUUUGCUAAGCUGACACAAAGCUACGAAAAGUUACAGUUGCAUCAAUUAAAACAAGAGAAAACUCACAGCAUGGAGAAAUGUACGGAAAACCAAGAAGCACCUUUUCAGCUGAACAGUUUAAACCAGAAAUUGGAGGAAUUUAGAGCAAAAUCAAGAGAGUGGGAUAAGCAGGAAACACUGUAUCAAAAUCAUUUAGUUUCUUUAGAUGCUCAGCGAAAAUUAUUGUCUGAGAAAUGCAAUCUGUUCCAGAAACAAGCACAAAAUUGUAAAAUCCAAAUACACUGUCAAAAACUGAAGCAAAAUGAUGGGGAUACUUGCAGCCAGUACAGAAAUGAGCAUCUCGGUGUCCAGAACUGUGUUUUUACUGAGCCCACAAAUAGGAACGAAUUCUUUAUGGAAAAACUUGAAUCAACUGUGAGUGAAAUAGCAGUGAGCAGAAACAGACUACAAGAGGAAAACUUAAAGCUCCAACAGGAAGUAAAAAUGUACCAAAGAAAAUGCCAGAACAUUGAAGACCGGCUGAUAGAAGUGAGGAAUGAACUGCAGUCUCGUGAAGGCCUCUUGAAGGUGGUGGAACUGGAAUGCCAGCAGUUACGAAAGGAAGUGGCCAAAAUCGAAGAGUAUAAAAACAAAGAAAAUCAAGUGAAGCUUCAUUCAGCUUAUACACAGUGUAUCAAGGAUCUGGAAAUAAAGAAAACUCAGAUACUUGUUCUGGAACAGCAGCAGGACAAUCAACAAAAAGAGCUAAACCAGAUAAGGGACCGACUUUAUCGGGAAGAGCAGUCCCAUCGCUCUGAGGUGGAGAGACUGAGGAUGGAAAUCUCUGGCUUGACAGAGGAGCUUCAUCAGAAGGAAAUUACUAUAGCAACUAUCAUGGAAAAUGCCGCUGUGCUGGAAAGGCACUUACAAAUGGAGUUAGAGAUAAACGAGAAAGCGUUAGGAAAACAACAGACAAUGGAUUUAUCAAAGAAAGAACACAAAGCCUGUUUGGAUUCUGCUGAUAUGCUGGAGUGUAAGAAUGGAAGGUUACACAAUGAACUUCUUAAAUGUCCAAAGGACACAGACAUGCCUUCGUUGGUGACUGCCAUUACAUACUUUGGAACAAAUCAUGCCAAGCAGACAUCUCUAAAAAUGCAGGCAAAGGAAGAGAAGCCUGUGCAGAAUUCAGUCCAGUCUGCAAUCUAUGAACAUUUUAGACACUAUCGAACGCAGGUUCCUGUCUGGCAUGGCCAACAGGACAUUAUUCUUGAAAGCAAUGGCACUUUACCUCCUCAAAGAUCAAGCAGAGAUUGUGUACCUGUAGCUGAUGGUAGAUCUCCAUCCCCGCUGGAAGCACUCCCACCAUUUUAUGGCACUUCCUUUCCUGAAAGGAAUAAAUCUGAUACAUUGCUGAACCAUGUCUACAUUGUGGAAGAAAGUCAGACGCCUUCCCCAGAGACUUUGUUUCCCGCUGCUGCAGCAGAGAAAUUCCUACAGGAGGAAGAGAGGCGAGCAAAAGACUUUGAACAGGUUUUAAACUCUCACAUUGAAGAACUGCAAAGGCAAUCAGAGAACACCUUAAAGAGCUACGCCACUCUCAAGCGAAGCUACCCCAGAUGAGCCUUUAAAAAAAAAAAAAGAACUUAAAUUGUACAGACGAUCCCUGCACCAAUCAUCAGCUACCAUUUAAAAAAAAAACUUUAUUCAAAGAAGUUUUUGUAAUGUGAGAUUUUAUAUCGUUUCGCUGUGGAUUUCAUUUCAACAUGAAUUUGGAAGAUUGUAUAUCGAAAGGUCUAAAAGAAAAUCUGGAAAUUAAAUAUGAACACUUUUUAAUUUUCAGUGCAAAUCAAA